AUGAAGAUGAUGAAUGCUGAAUACGAAUCACAUGCUCAUAAGACAAAGGGUAAGUCGAUGACUAAAGAAGAAUUCGAGGCCGGAAAGAGAAUAAUGGGAAUGUUAAAAAAAGCAGAUAUGAAUAAAGAUGGUUGUUAUACAAAGGAUGAGAUCAAGCAAGCUCUAAAAAGUUUAGGUGCCUACUUCCCUGGAUGGAAAGCAGAAAGUUGUCUGCAGAAACUUGAUGGCAACAAUGAUGGCAAAAUUAGUGGUGAUGAAAUUGACGAUUUGAUUAAUCAUCUUCUUGAUCAAGGUUUUGGAAAGAAGUGA